UGUUCUGUGAUGUGCGAACUGAAAUUCUGAAUUCACGCCUGUCGGCCAUAUUGUUAUUUGUAAUUCUCGAUUCGUAUUGUCGUUGCGUAUAUUUUUACAUUUAUUUAAUCAUUUGAUAAUAGAUUUAAAUAAUCCAAAAACGUUUUGAAUUGUUAAGUGUACGGUGUAUCUUAUUUCAUUAAUUUAAGUUUAUAACAGUUCGUGUAAUUUUUAAUUAAAAUGGGUAGAAAGAAGAAGAAGGCCUCUAAACCUUGGUGCUGGUAUUGCAAUAGGGAAUUUGACGACGAAAAAAUUUUAAUACAACAUCAAAAAGCGAAACAUUUUAAAUGCCACAUAUGCCACAAAAAACUGUAUACGGGACCAGGGCUCUCGAUUCACUGCAUGCAGGUUCACAAAGAAGCUAUAGACAAAGUUCCAAAUUCAUUACCAAAUAGGUCAAAUAUAGAAAUUGAAAUCUAUGGUAUGGAAGGUAUACCCCCUGAAGAUAUAAAGGAGCAUGAAAGGCAGAAAACAGGUGGUGGCAAGGUGUCAGACAGUGAUGAUGAUGAACCAGCCGCUAAGAAGAAGGCAACAUCAGCACUGCUGGGUCCAGGACCAUCAAAUGUCACACAGGGGAUCUUACCGACCCCCAUGGGUCCUGUCCCGCCAGGAAUGUAUCCUGGUCACAUGGCUAUGAAUCAUAUGAUACCACAUUUUAUGCAAGCACCUAGGUGGUCUGUUGCCUUUCUGCAACAGCUGUUCUAA